AUGUCGACCGACGCCGACCGUGCCGCCGCUGAGAAGGCCGAGGCCGACAAGAAGGCCGCCGAGGAUGCCGCGGCUGCUAUCACCGCCACCGCCGCCGCGUGGCCGAUUGGAGGGACCACCAUAAAGGAAGAGGUGAACGACAAGGACCUCCCGACGGAGCCGCACACUACCACGCAUUCGCGGAAGGACCUGAAUAGGGUGAGAAUUGGAGCAACUGCUCCAGGAAGGACGCCUUGCCCUGGGCGGCCCAGUGCCGUUGGGAAAGCAAUAUGUGGAUUCGCUGAUAAACCGAGUGAAAAUAUAAUCGUGCCGGCCCUUGGUAGAAGCUUUGAUGCACUCGGCGAGGCCUAUGAUUUUUACAACCUCUUCUUGUGGGAGAAUGGGUAUGGAAUAAGGUACGGCAAGAGUAGACUAAAUGUGGAGAGGACAAAAUGCAUGCAGGAAAUUGUUUGUGGUUGUGCGGGAAAAGUUGGGGUUGAGAACGCUAGAUCGUGCCGAUGUGAAAGCCAUGCACUAAUAAGACUAUUCCGAUCAAAGGACAAUGGCUCGUACAUUGCUGAGCAUCGUGAGCAUCACAACCACUCGCUGUCUGCAACAUAUGGGCAGAUAAUACACUGGCCUUCUCACAAGCACAUUGACAUUUACAACAGAGAUUUGGUUGAGCAAUUGCGGCAGAACAAUGUGAACCUAGCCAAAUAUGAUUUGUCUUGUUGUGCAUAUCAAAACCGCGCUAUGGAGGUUGCCAUAAAGAAUGUGAUGCCUCGGAAAGCCCAUCGUUGGUGCAAGUGGCACGUGCUAAAAAAGGCAAAGGAAGCACUCGGUUCAUUGUACACCAAGAAGAGCGAGUUUAGGGCAAAUUUCCAGAAGCUAGUGAAUCACAUGCUUACAAUCGAUGAAUUCGAGGAAGCUUGGAAGAUCUUGGUUGAGAAAUACAAUCUGAAGACCCAUUCAUAGAUGACACAACUGCAUGAAAUAAGGCACAAGUGGGCGAAGCCAUAUUUUAAAGGGGUCUUCUAUCCUAAGAGCACACAGCGGAGUGAAAGUGCAUACCACAUGCUGAACUAUGUUCCAUCGGGUUGUCUGGUGCAUAUGUUUGUCAAGAAGUACAUGAGACUUCAGUUUGAUAGGGAAGUAGAGGAGAACUACGAGGAGAAGCGGGCGCGAAUAGGUAGACCGCUGUACAGAGACAAUCUAGAUAUCGAGCGACAUGCUGGUAAGAUAUACGCACGAACUAUGUUCGAGCAGUUUGGGCGUAUACUGUAUGAGUGCGACGCAUGCCAAGUGGAAGAACUUGAGAAGGGGAAACUUUAUCUUGCAAUUCAUAGAGAGGUUGCUAGGAGGGAAAAGUGGUGCAGGGUGUCAUAUAAGGUAACUGUACUUGCAGGAGGACAGGAAUUCGACUACGAGUGUGGGCAAUUUGCACACAUGGGAUUCCUAUGCAACCAUGUUUUGAAGUUGCUGGAUUUCAUUCGCAUAACAGAGAUACCAGAGAAACACAUUGUCAAGCGGUGGACCAAGGAUGCACGUGACAUACUACCAGCUCACCCGACUCAAUAUUAGAGAGAUAAUGUACAAAAGAAUCCAUUCAGCUUCAGGCAUUUUAACAUGUACAUGCAUGCCAUGGAGUUGCUGCGGAUGGGUGAUGCAAGUGUCGAAGCAUAUGAGAAAUUCAUGUCUCUCACUAAGAACUACAGAAUAGAGAUGCAACCUUUUGCUGAAGUUAGGGAUGGGCUAUGAUUGGAGGAUAGGAUAGCUGAGAAUGGAGAUGUCAUCAAUCAGCUGCCGGUGCAACCGAUAGUUGUUGCUGCAAGCGGAGAAGCAUGUAUUGGGACUUUGAAUGAUGAUGCUAAUUCAGCAAAUGAGAGUGGUAACAGGCUUGCUGGAUUGUUGGCACCAAAGAAGCGAAAAGAGAUGGGGCGCCCAACAACUAGCAGGGAGAAAGCACCAUACAAGGUUCUGCACUAUAUCUCCCCGGCGCUGGCACUAGCAGGGGCACAAGAGGACAACCUGUCCGGAUCGGGGUGAUAUCCCGAAGCCUGUCCGCAAACCUGCUAGGCGCAAAAAUUGUGGCAUUGCAGGUCACAGGAGAAACAACUGCAGCAGAGUGGGUGAUCUGCAAAUGAACGCCAUGUGAGCAGUGGCUCCCGAAAUUUUGUUUUUAUAUAGACUAUGAUUAUGUAGAACUAAAUGUGUGUGGCGGUUAUUCCGUUUGUAGAACUCUUGUUUCAUGCUUCCUGCGUGAACUGGCUUGCUCGUAGCAAAAUGGCGAGAUGCUUUGUUUGUGAACAAAACAGAAACUCAUCUCCAUGAAUGUUUGAACUGAUUUCAUGAUGGCA